UUGGAAACUUGUAGGGCAGGGUCGGAUGGGCGCGCACGGCAGAGGUCGGGUGCGGGGCGUCGCUGUCGCCGUCGAUGACGCGGUUCGGGAUCACCGCGUGCUUCAAUGCCAUGUCAUCGGCCGUCUUGAAGGCCGCCGCCACCAACGCUGCGUCAGGCGUCGUCCACGCGGUGCCGCGGACUGAGCCUGUUGUGUCCGCCGAGUGGCUGCACGCCAACCUCAGGGACCCCAAUGUGAAGGUACUUGAUGCCUCUUGGUCAGAAGAUGAUGGCGAGUUCCUCAUUCCAAUUGAGUUUAUGUUGUGUAGGUUUGUUCGUCAUGAUCUGGAUUGCCACAGUCGUGUUCAAGUCCAAUGAUAUCUUGCGCAAGCAGACCGCUCUCAAGGUUGGUUCUUCAUAAUAGCUUGUCUAUCAACGUGCUGCUUCUGCUUCUAGAGGUUAAUUAAUUGUUCUGCCAAGCAGACUGCUCUCAAGGGCUUGUGCUUAUCUUGUGUAUCAACGUUCUUGUUCUGCUUCUAGCACUGGGUCUGUCCCUUCUAUUGAGGAAGCCGGCUGGC